AAGUUACAUAUUCUUUCUAGUUCAGCACUCGUUGAACAAGUGUCAAAAUCUUUAACCUGUUGAAGUCUCAACUUGACAACUGAAUACAACAUGACUGACUUCAUCCCUAAACUAUUCUCGUAUAUUGAUAAGAAUGCCGACAAGUUCGUCGAGAAUUUACGUGAAGCGGUUGCUAUUCAGAGCGUUAGUGCUCAUGCGGAGAAGAGAGACGAAGUCGUUCGUAUGGUUAACCAUACCGCUGAGAAAAUGAGGUCUCUCGGAAUUGAAGUUGAGAUAGCUGAUAUUGGUAUGCAAAAACUUGAAGGGGAAACAAUUCCACUACCACCAGUUAUUUUGGGGAAAUACGGUGACGACCCCAAGAAAAAAACAAUUCUUAUUUACGGACAUUUAGAUGUUCAACCGGCGAAAAAGAGUGAUGGAUGGGAUACCGAACCGUUCGAAUUGACCGAAGUAAAUGGUAAAUUAUACGGAAGAGGUUCGACUGAUGAUAAAGGACCUGUCUUAUGCUGCUUGCAUUGCAUUGAAGCUUAUCAGGCUAUUGGUCGAGAGCUGCCAGUCAAUCUUCGUUUCGUUUAUGAAGGAAUGGAAGAGUCCAAUUCGGAGGGUCUCGAUAGACUUUUAUAUGCUCGUGCUGAGUCAAAAUUUAUUCAGGACGUUGACUAUGUAUGCAUUUCUGACAAUUAUUGGCUUGGUAAGAAGAAACCAUGCCUUACCUACGGUCUCCGUGGAAUUUGUUAUUUCUUUGUUGAAGUCGAAUGUUCUUCAAAAGAUUUACACUCUGGAAGUUUCGGAGGCUCCGUACACGAAGCAUUGACUGAUUUGACUGCUAUCAUGAACACUUUGGUUGAUACUAAAGCGAAAAUACUUAUCCCUGGAAUAUAUGAUAGUGUUGCACCAUUGACCGACGAAGAACGAAAAUUGUAUGAAAACAUUGAUUUUGACAUGGAAGAUUACCGAGAAGAUAUUAAACAUGGCAGAUUAGUGCAAAGUAAAAAGGCCGAAGUUCUUAUGUACAGAUGGCGCUAUCCCGCGUUGUCUUUGCAUGGCAUAGAAGGUGCUUUUGAUGCUCCUGGUUCAAAGACAGUCAUACCGAGAAAAGUUACCGGCAAAUUUUCCAUUAGAAUCGUUCCCAAUAUGGAACCUGACGAAGUUGAAAAGCUUGUAAAAGCUCAUAUUGAAAAUGUUUUUGCUCAAAGAAAGAGUCCUAAUAAAUUGAAAAUUACUAUGACCGGUUCAGGGAAACCAUGGGUUUCAGAUUUUAGGCAUAAGCACUUCCAAGCAGGUCGCCAUGCCGUGCAAAGGGUUUAUGGUGUUGAACCAGAUUUAACUCGUGAAGGAGGAAGCAUACCUGUAACUCUCACUCUACAAGACGUUACUGGAAAGAACGUUAUGCUUCUACCGAUUGGGCAAUCGGACGAUGGUGCUCACUCGCAAAAUGAAAAAAUCGGCAGAUUUAACUAUAUUGAAGGUACAAAAUUGUUUGGUUCGUAUUUCGAAGAAGUUGGAAAAAUUUUAUAA